GUUACCGCCUCUUCCGAGAGGCUUUUUUUUAAAAAAAAAAAAAUUUCGUCGCGGCACCGGGCUACCGGCGGGGCGAGAUGACAUCACAGCGGCGGGACGCACGCAGGCGGAACGGCGCUGCGCGGCGGCGAGUCUAUGACGACUUCAUGGGUUCAGCCAAAAAUGUGAUAAGCGAAUCUGUUGACGCAGAGGAGAAAUAUAACAUGAUGGCUUCUUUCCAACGCUCCAACAGCCAUGACAAAGUCAGGAAAAUAGUAGCCGAGGAGGGUCGCGCUGCAAGGAACUUGAUUGCUUGGAGUGUGCCUUUGGAGAACAAGGAGGAGGAAGGAAAACCCAAGUGGCAGGUGGGGGCAAAAUCGAAGAGGAUAAACCAAGGAACACACAAAAUUAUCAAACAGAGCACAGCACCCGACUGCAAAAUCACGCCAGCCUCCGGGGAGAAGACCUUCUAUAAAAGCCCCACCAAGACAAGGCAGCCACGGAAAGUGGACCUCCGGGCGCGGUACUGGGCGUUCCUUUUCGACAACCUGAGGCGCGCCGUGGAUGAAAUCUACGUCACUUGCGAAUCCGAUCAGAGCGUGGUAGAAUGCAAAGAAGUGCUGAUGAUGUUAGACAAUUAUGUGCGGGAUUUCAAGGCCCUGAUAGAUUGGAUUCAGCUGCAGGAGAAGUUGGAGAAGGCCGAUGCUCAAAGCAGGCCAACCUCGCUGGCGUGGGAAGUCAAGAAGAUGUCUCCAGGGCGCCAUGUUAUUCCCAGCCCAUCGACCGACAGAAUCAGCGUGACCUCCAACGCCCGCCGGAGCCUCAAUUUCGGAGGACCUCCUGCGACCGUCGCCUCCAACCGCCUGGCUCCUUCCGGGGUCAGCUGGGCAGACAAAGUCAAGGCCAGCCACCCGAGAGCGGCUCCCCAUUCGGAGGAGGAGGCAGCCCAGCCCCAGCGGCCGCCCGCAGCGCAGAAGCCCUCCCGCAGAACGGAGAGGAGAGAUGCCGAAGGCUGGGAGACCGUCCAGCGAGGAAGGCCCGUUCGAUCCAAAACAUCCGCUUUGGUUCCCAAAACCACUUCGCCUGCGGAAUCGUCGCACUUUAAAGACGACAGUGACAAAGAAAACAUCAUUCUUCCUCCACCGGUCCACAGGCAGAAGGCUUCGUUGACCGAAGACAGCAUGUCGAGAAAUGGAGAUCUCAUCCUGAAAGAUCCUUGCCAUCCGUGUGAACAUCCGCUGGCCGAGAGGACUCAGUUCACAGGCCGGGUGUUGGAAGAGCUCAAGGUCUCCGAGAAGAUCACCGGACCUUUGCUUCCCGUUUCCGAGGUGCCGCUUGUUCUCGUAGACGUCGAAGGCAUCUCCGAGAGUCCACAGGUGGACGGCCACGUCACCCCCAUCGCCCCCCCAAGCGAGGAAGCAGGAAAUGUCAAGAGCGGAAGCGAAAUGGACCCCGCAGAUAUUUCAAACUCCAUGGCCGAGGUGCUCGCUAAAAAAGAGGAGUUAGCGGACCGCCUGGAAAAAGCCAACGAGGAGGCCAUCGCAAGCGCCAUCGCCGAAGAGGAGCAGCUGACGCGAGAGAUCGAAGCCGAGGAGAACACCGACAUCAACCUAGAAACAGACAACGACGGCGACUUCUCCGCCAGCCUGGGCAGUGGCAGCAUAUCCUUCUGCGGCAUUUCCAUGGACUGGAAUGAUGUCCUGGCAGAUUAUGAAGCUCGUGAAUCGUGGCGCCAAAAUAAUUCCUGGGGAGACAUUGUGGAAGAAGAGCCAGCUCGCCCACCGGGCCACGGAAUCCACAUGCACGAGAAACUCUCUUCUCCGUCUCGCAAGAGGACAAUUGCAGAAUCGAAGAAGAAGCACGAAGAGAAGCAGAUGAAGGCUCAGCAGCUGAGAGAGAAGCUCCGCGAAGAGAAAACGCUAAAGCUUCAAAAGUUAAUGGAAAGGGAGAAAGAUGUGAAAAAAUGGAAAGAAGAAUUGUUGGACCAGAGGCGAAGGAUGAUGGAGGAAAAAUUGCUCCACGCAGAGUUUAAACGUGAAGUGCAGCUGCAAGCGAUUGUCAAAAAAGCUCAAGAAGAAGAAGCUAAGGUGAACGAAAUUGCAUUCAUAAACACGUUGGAAGCCCAGAAUAAGCGCCACGAUGUCUUGUCCAAACUGAAAGAAUACGAGCAGAGACUGAACGAAUUGCAGGAAGAGCGCCAACGGAGGCAGGAAGAGAAGCAAGCUCGGGACGAAGCUGUCCAGGAACGGAAGAGAGUGUUGGAAGCGGAGCGCCAGGCCCGCGUGGAAGAGCUGCUAAUGAAGAGGAAAGGGCAAGAAGCUCGGAUUGAGCAGCAGAGGCAGGAGAAGGAGAAAGCCCGGGAAGAUGCAGCUCGGGAACGGGCCAGAGACCGGGAAGAGAGAUUAGCUGCUCUGACCGCAGCCCAGCAAGAAGCCAUGGAGGAGCUCCAGAAAAAGAUCCAGUUGAAGCACGAUGAGAGCAUCCGGAGGCACAUGGAGCAGAUCGAGCAGAGGAAAGAAAAAGCCGCCGAGUUAAGCAGCGGAAGACACGCCAACACGGACUACGCGCCCAAACUCACCCCCUACGAGCGAAAGAAGCAGUGUUCCCUCUGCAAUGUUGUGAUUUCCUCGGAGGUGUAUCUCUUUAGCCACAUUAAGGGGAAAAAACAUCAACAAACGGUGAGAGAGAACAGCAGCAUCCAAGGACGAGAACUCUCCGAUGAAGAAGUGGAACACCUGUCCUUAAAGAAAUACAUCGUGGACAUUGUGGUAGAAAACACGGUUCCCUCCGAGCCUGGGAAAGACGGGGAAGAGAGGCAGAGGGCAAAAAAGAAAGCCAAGAAAUUGAAGGCACGGAUGAACUCAAGGGCAAAGGAGUACGAGAACGGAAUGGAGUCGAAAAAUGUCCUCCUGCGAAUCUCCUACAAGCAAAGUAAGCUACAACGACUGGUGAAAGAUUUGCUGAAGCAGCUUCAGAUUCAAGACGGGAGCAAAAUCUCCGCUCUGGAUAGGAUUUUGGGAGAGGUUUCACGGAUCCUGGAAAAAGAGAAUGGAGCAGAUCAGGUCGCCUUCCAUGUGGCUGGUGGGUUUUCCGCUCUGGAGCAAGUCCUUCAAAUUGCCACAACAUCCAUCAACCUGAACUCCGUUUCAAGAAUCCCUUUGAAAUCACUCUGUAGUACAAUCAACGCUUACUAUCUUGCCUGCAAUAACUGUCUGGAAAACUGCUCCUAUGUUCUCUUCAGCAACAAGAUUACUUUUCUAACGGAUCUUUUGAUGCAUCAAUUAAUGGUAUACGUCCCAGAUGACGCCAAUGCUACCCCAGGAAGAGCAAUUAACAAGCAGGCCUUCGAAGGCCUAAUAACGGGAGUGCUCAGGAUCCUGACUGCAGUGUUUGGCUCUCUGAUGUCCAACCUGCCGAACGCUAAUAGCCAAAUUUGUGCGCCAAAAUUGAUUCAAGAUCUGAAAAACAAGACCUCCCAAGCUGAGAUUUUUAACAACAGGAUACAAGACCUCAUCAGCUACAUGGUGAACGUGGGCUUAAUAGAGAAGCUGAGCUGCUGCUUCCUCUCCAUCCAAGGCCCAAUUGACGAAACCCCCAAAACGGCAGCUUUCUUGCAGAACUGCACCGCGGCCCUUCACGGGAUGUGCCAGCUGUGCUUCGCGGUCAAUGGCAGGUCCGGAAGCAUCUUCGCUGAGAACCACCAGGACCCCACCGGGCUGACAGCGGCUUUCAAGGCCACGGAUCUGGUGGGCGUUUUGCACAUGCUCUACUGCGUUCUCUUCCACGGCACGCUGGUGGAGCCGAGCGCGGCCAACCCCAAGGAAAGCUUCACGGCAAACACCUUGCAAGUCGCUCUCCAGAGUUUGCGCUUCUUCAAUAGUUUCGCUCUGCUGGAUCUCUCCGCUUUCCAGUCGGUGGUUGGGGCCGAAGGCCUCUCCCUGGCCUUCCGGCACAUCAUCAGCUCCUUGCUGUGGCACUGCGCCCACCACACCUGCGAAGUGCUGCUUCACGAAGUCAUUGUCUGCGUGGGCUACUUCACUGUCAACCAUUCAGACAACCAGGUACGGAGGCCCGUUUAGAAGUUUCCAGCCCAAUGUUUCCCCACCUUGAGCAUCUGUGGACUUCAGCUCCCAGAAUCCCUCAGCCAGCAUGCAGUUUUUACCGCAAACUGGUAAGUCGGCGCCAGUUUUCAACAAAACCACUGUAAAAUGUGGCCACGUGACCACAGGACACCAUAAAAUGCAACUCGGUUGCUGAGCAUCUGAAGUUUGGUCCCCGUGACAACUGUCAGGACUGCGGACCUGGGUUGCAAGAAGCCCCCCCAGGAUAAGUCUGUUGUAACUCUGAAUCGUCCCUAAGCAACUGGUCGUAAGUUGAAGACCAUCUCUACCGCUUUCGCCUCCAAAGCAGGUGGUCACGUUCUGAUCAAAAAGAGAUUGGUUAUGUUUCUAUAAAUCUAAAAAGAGAGGGAAAUAGAGAGAGCCGCGGUGGCGCAGUGGUCAG